AUGUGUCUUCAAAAAUUAUUUGACAUCGCACAUGGAAAAGUUCAAGAUAUAGUUGAUAAAGAAGCGUUAGAGUUUUUAUCUGACCAAAGAAUAGAUAGAAAAUACGAUUUACAUAUUUGCAAAGAAAAUGACAAUAUUUGUCAGCCAUUAGAAAAACCAAUGUUCGAACAAGAUGAUGCUAAUACCACUCGAUUGAAAGAUAAUAAAUCCGAAAAUGACGAUAAUAUUUAUUUAGUAACCGAAGAUGAAUAUUGUUCGAAUUCAGAUGUGAAUUUACCAUCAAGCUCUAAAAGCACAAGUGAGCAGCCCUUAAGUGGUGAGCCGCCUUUAAGUGGUGAGACAACUACUUCUUACCAAAGCACACUAUCAAUGUUUGAAGUUCAAGGACGAAAUUAUGAACCUAAGAAUAAGAGAGGAACAAUAAAUAUUUUGACUGAAGACGUUGUUGCUACCUUAGAUAGUUGCAAUAUCCUGUCAAAAUUUCGAAGAGAAGCUGCUGAACGAAUAAAAAGAGAAUUUGGUCACAUUGAAACUGGUCCGGUGGUAGUACAUUGGGAUGGAAAGUUGAUACCUGAUGGUUUUUCUUGCAAAAAGGUCGACCGAGUACCGAUCAUAGUUAGAAGUAAUACUAUCGAAAAAAUACUAAGCGUACCGGCAUUACCAGAUGGGAAAGGAGUAACACAGGCACAAGCAAUUUUCAAAGCGGUUCAGGAAUGGGGAUUAACUGAUAAUAUUAAAGCAGUUUGUUUCGACACUACCAAUUCAAAUCUCGGUUCUUGA